CCCUUACGACUUGCUGUUGAUGGGUAUAUCAUGGCGGCCCCCUUGGUGUCCUUACAGCGAUGUUGCACGCGGGCCGCUCUCCUCCUCGUUGCCAGGCGACCGUGCAGCUCCAGCCCGGUGGCCCCGCCCCCUCCGUACAGAAGGCUUCUCCUCUACCUCACGCAGCGCUUCUACGACAUCGAGAUGCUCUUCAGCUGGACCUCCUCCCUCAGGAACAGGAGACUGCGAAAGAGGAACGCUUACUUUGGCUACACUCUGAGGUUUUAUGGGCCCAACGUAGCAGCAGCUUACUAUAUCUUGAGUCUGAAGGGAGGAUUUAGGUACGCCGGACAGACAGAGUGGUUCCGCACAGACCAAAGGGGGAAUUUCAGCUGGGACUUCAUAAAUCACAAAGACUCACCCCUGGAGGAAGUAGACAUGAGCCACACAGACAUCAAUUAUACUGGGCUGGGGAACCUGGAGGGCCAGCGGUCUCUGCGGAGUUUGUCGUUAAGGGGAUGCACUGAGGUGGACGACUGGUUCCUCUCCAGGCUUCAUGUGUUCCAAGACUCUCUGGAGGAGCUGGAUAUCUCUCACUGUCCAGGCAUCACCACAGGCGGCCUGGUCGCACUGAGGAAUCUCAAGGGACUGCGACGCCUUGAUGUGUCAUCCCUCUCCAGGAUUUCUACUCCUGGUCUGGUCAUCAUCCUGCUGGAGGAGAUGCUGCCACACUGCCAAAUCACUGCCACUGGCUAUGAUCACAGCCUGGCACAGGAGGAAGAGGAGGGGAGGGAGCAAAUGGAAGGGCAGAGGUAGGGCAUGGAGAGUUGUGGGGAUCAGGAUAAGAUAGAGCCCAGGAGGAGAAAAGCUUCACGCAGAGAGUCUUGCUGUCAGAUCAUCUGAUACUUUUCCACCACAGAGUCACCUGCAAAGAUUGAAGAGGUGUCAUUUAAGUCUGCAGAGUGGGUCUGCCAGUUUUGUGUUUUUCCAGCCUAAGCUAUAUAUGCAGGGUCAGUGUUUUCUCAUCACCUCUUCCGGGUAUAUCCAGAGUAUACACUACAGUAUACACUGUGGCAUGGGAUUUUAUCAUUGGGUCAGAGAAAGAUUUGCAACAGUCAAAUCCACACUGGGGACCUGCGAUACAAAAGGAAACGUGAGUGAGACUCUUAGACAUGAAGUAGGUGUAGACACAGAUACAGUCUCAUUCGCUCACAUGCAUCAGAAGCACAGGCUUGAAGAGGUGUUCACACUGGCUGUACUGUAUCCAUGGCUCCAUCUCAAACUGUUGCACCUUGUCAGCAAGUGUUGCAAUGAUUCUUAAUUUAUCAAUGUAAUGUAAAUAUUAUGUUUGUAAAUGCCCUAAAUAAAGAUGUCAUUGUAAAUAUCA